GCAGGUCAUGGCCGAGCUGAGCGAGAAGAAGAGGCAGUUGAAGGAGGUUCAGGACAACGUCGAGAGCCUCCGGAGCGGCCUGAGGGAUGCCAAGAAGAAGAAGGACGACCUUGCGAUCCAGGUGGACGACUGCUCGAGGCGGCUGGUGCGGGCGGAGAAGCUGAUCACGGGUCUCGGCGGCGAGAAGACCAGGUGGACGGCUCAGUCUGAGAGCCUGGGCCGGCAGUACGCCAACGUCACUGGCAACGUCCUGCUCUCCUCGGGCAUCAUCGCGUACCUUGGCACGUUCAUGGGCAAGUACCGGCAGGAGACGAUCCACGGCUGGGUGAAGCUGAUGCAGACGCACCAGGUGCCCGCAUCCUCGGACUUCGGCCUCCGCGCGGUGA